AAAGCAGCCCAUCAAGUCUGAGUCAAACUGACACCCAAAGAAGAUGAGCUAUGUAUGUUUGGAGACUCAGGGACCCUCAGACACACGGCAGGCACUACUUUCUAGCCUUCUAGCCGUUAUUUUGCAAGGCCCCACCUUGCUCCCUUCUGGUCAGGUCUUACCUGUAAGAUGAAGCCGUAGGCGCUUCUGCUGCACUGUCUCAACCUCCUAUAUUUACAAGAUCUGAUCGUUCCCCCUUGUACUCACCUGUCAACAGAACGAUUUGCCUCAGGGCUGUAGGAGUGGUGUGUGUAGUUUGGAGAUGGAUAUCACUGGAGAGAAAUAGAAACUAAACUACUUUUGACAAGUCACCUUCCAAGUGAUUUAAGAUCUAGCUUGUUCCAUUUACUAUAGUCUGUGCCAAACAUUUCAAAAACCCCAAUAAUUAAAACUUACAGAGUGCUUCCCCAGGGCCACACAAAUGGCCUAUGUUUAAAGUUUUAUUUCACCUGGCUACAGUGUUUUAGAACUACAGCUAUAUAAAUUAGCAUGGGUAAUUGGUAAACAACAGGCUCAUCUCCUGGGAGUUGGAUUCACAAUGUCCCCGUUAGCUACUUUUGUGUUGCUACAAUAAAAUACUAUGACCAAAAACAACUUGAAGCAUUUAUUUGGGCUUACAGUUCCAGAAAGAUAAGAAUCAAUCACGGCAGCGAGCCAUGGCAGCAAGUAGGAGACAUGGUGGCAGGAGUUCCAUCUUUUUUUUUUUUUUCCUUAUCUUAGGAAUUUUGUCUUUAACAGAAGACUCAAAGUAGAGAGAACAAACUCCCAGCUGAGUGAGGAUGGAGAUGUCUGCCCAGAGGUUGGCUUCUAACAGGACAUCCCCACAGUCACCAUCUAACCCCGACUACACCUGGGAAUAUGAAUACUAUGAGAUCGGACCGGUUUCCUUCGAAGGACUGAAGGCUCAUAAAUAUUCCAUUGUGAUUGGAUUCUGGGUUGGCCUUGCGGUCUUUGUGAUUUUCAUGUUUUUUGUGCUGACUUUGCUGACGAAGACAGGCGCCCCACACCAAGACAAUGCGGAGUCCUCAGAGAAGAGAUUCCGAAUGAACAGCUUUGUGUCAGACUUUGGGAAGCCCCUGGAGUCAGACAAGGUGUUUUCUCGUCAGGGCAAUGAGGAGUCCAGAUCUCUGUUCCACUGUUACAUCAAUGAAGUGGAACACUUGGACAGGGUUAAAGUUUGUCACCAAACAACAGCCAUCGACAGUGAUGUCCACCUGCAGGAAGCCAUCAGAAGCCGUGGGAGGCCUGAGGAUGAGCUAACUAGGUUUAUGCAGUUUGACAUACCCAACUUGGUGAACACAGACCAGAACUCCUUUGGGGAGGAUGAUCUUCUGAUCUCAGAACCACCUGUUCUUCUAGAAAAUAAGCCGGUUUCCCAAACUUCAUGUAUAGACCUGGACUGAGAGACACUUGUGGGUGCCUUCCUGAGGAUGUAGUCUGUCUCUGUACAGCAAGAAACCACAUUCUACCUACACUCGUGUGUGUGUGUGUGUGUGUGUGUGUGUAGAGAGAGAAAGAGAGAGAGAGAGAGAGAGAGAGAGAGAGAGAGAGAGAGAGAGAGAGAGAGAGAGAGAGAAGAGGUGAGGGGGAGAGGAUGAUGCUUAAAGUUUAAGGCCUAGGCUAAGACUGGGAUAUAGAGAUAGAGGGGCAGAAUUUGGAGAUGGAAGGCACCAUUUUGAUUUGGGGGGAUGAUUUUUUUUUCUUUUUGGAUUGAAAAUGCAUCGACAGUAUUAAAGCUUCUUUAUUGAAACAAUUAGCCACGUAUGCAAUUGUGCUCCCUCCUGGGUGAGGGUUAGAUCACUGCAGUCCGAUCUAGCCCCUUCCUACCAUUCUCUGCCUAUAAUAAGCUGCUUUGCCUCUCUGGACUGCCAUGGUUUUACAGGUAAGGUGGCCUGUCUGGAGUAGAUGACCUAUCCCAGCUCUAAAAUUUUGUGACAUUCAGACGUAGCAUCUGAGACAAGCUAAGAAACACAUAAGCAGUAGUAAAUAGAACUUGGCAUCCUGGCUUUCAUGGCAGCUUCUCCGGGUCUUGGUACCCUCCCUUCGCUCAGCCCUUCACGGAGUCACACUUGAGUUAGGGAACCUUUACCAGGAGAUUCACAUGCACUGUCGACAGUGUUUCUGAGUUAUGCUGAAGCAAUUUAUGUGAAGAACUCCACCCACCCUGGUUUUAAACGGGGGCAGCUUUGACUCCAGUGAGUACCAGCCUAAAUGUUUCACAAGCAUUUGUGCUCUCAAAAAAUCGUAGGGCAGAUUGUCAUCUGCCUGAUGUGGGUCCCUUCUGGGUGUGCCCGUGUUUGCAUCCCUGUGCUCACACUUCUGAACUGUUUGGCUUCAGAACAAGAAGAUAUUACUUGCCAUGAUCUGUGUGGCAGAUGUGAAGGUGUCAGCUGCCUGGCUUGGAGCUGAGAGGGUCAGUGGUUGGUUGUGCCACAGUAGCAGAUGUUCUGGACUGUGCUGAUGUUAAUGUGAGUAACAUGAUGUUCAUUUCACAAAGGAAGCAACCCUUUGCUGGUGUCAGAAACAACUCCAUCUUGCACACAGAGAGUUGUAUGCAUGAGCAGCUGCUAAUCUCCAAGUGGCAUCUUCUCUAUGAAUUAGUUCACCAUUUGUCUUGCUUAAGUUGCAAAAUAAAUGCAUUUGAUCGCA